UUCAACACUCUCUGGUCGUGUUUCUCUGUUUGACAGCGAACAACAUGGUGGUGUUGAAAGGAAUCCCGUCCGUGUUGUCACCUGAGCUGCUGUAUGCUCUCGCUAAAAUGGGCCACGGUGAUGAGCUGGUUCUUGCCGAUGCAAAUUUUCCAACAUCCUCCAUUUGUGCUUGUGGCCCACAAGAGAUCAGAGCUGAUGGCUUGGAUAUACCACAACUUUUGGAAGCCAUUUUGAAGCUGCUGCCCCUGGACACCUACGUCCCCUCUCCGGCUGCUGUUAUGGACCUGGUAGACAUGGACAAACAAAGACAUUUAUCUGUCCCUGUGUGGGACAUCUACACUAAUUACUUGUCUCAGGCUGGGUCUCAGGCUCCUCUUGAGAUGGUGGAAAGGUUCACGUUCUAUGAACGAGCCAAGAAAGCGUUUGCUGUCGUAGCCACAGGGGAAAAAGCUCUUUAUGGUAAUUUGAUACUGAAGAAGGGGGUCAUUCCUGCUCAGCUGCUGCCGUGAUACACCAGCGUUCAAAGUAAUAAUGUCCUAACGCCUUAAUCAUCAACAUGAGGUGUCAUAUCAAACUAAUCAUUCCAGAAGUUCAGAGUG